AUGGAGUUUUUUGUAAAAGCACACGUUGCCUGCAGCAAUGAAACAUCUUCAAAUAAUAAGUCCAAAAAAAAUGUUAAGAAACAACUGAAACAAAUGUUACAUGGCUAUAAACAAAGCGAUAUAAAUCUUAUAAAAUCAUCGGCACUCGAGAUAACAGAGUAUGAUAGUAAUUCUACAUCAGUUAGUGGAUAUUCAGAUUUAAAUCUAACCGAUUCUGACGAAAAUGAACAUACAAGUCAUAAGGAGUUGGAAAAUAAUGAUUCGGUAGGCGAAAAUGAUUCGUUAGAUACAAAUGCUAGUAAUACUGUACAUAAAGUUACUUCUCUUAAGUCUUCUGAAAUUAGUGGUAGCAAGAAUAAAGAUUGUAUUAUUGAAGAAUCAAAUGAAGAAUCUUCUAUUAAUGAAGAAUUGAAUGAAGAAUCUGAUGAUGUCAUGUCACUAGAAGACAGUGAAGCAUCUCAUGCAAAUAGUGGGAUUAAGUCGGAGAGUGAGUCAAACAGUUCAGAACCAUUUGACCCGGAUGGUUUACUGGCUGCUAAAAUUAUUCAACAACUUCAAAUCAAAAAUAAAAAGAAAGAAAACCUCAAAAGAAAACAUGAUAUUGAAUCUGAAAAGCGUAAAGUACCAAAAGUUGUAGAAAGCAAAAUUAAAUCCGUAAAAAGCCCUGUUAUUCCAACUGUAUUUGAAGAAGUUGAACAAGACUCCGAUGAUUACUCAUCUGCCUGUUCUAUGCCUAUGGAGAAAGAUUCCUCUGCAUUUUCACCUCCAUAUGUUUCCAUUUCAGCCGUUGAUGUACCACUUCAAAGUUUCGCUGAUGUUUUAGGCGAUUAUAAACAUACAACUAUAAAAAAUGUACCAUCCCAACAAAAAUCUGUAACCGUGGAUGAGUAUUCAAAUUUUAUUCUAGACAAACCUUUGAAUGUUGAUGCUAAAGUUGAGACAGAUAUCGGGAGUUUGACCCCCGAACCUUCAUCCGAUAAUGAGAUUGAUGAAAUAGAGGAAAUAAUAAAUCUUGAUUCAACAGCAGAAAUACUAGAAAUAGACACUUCUAUACCUACAGAUGUACCUGUAAAUGACACAAUGCAAUCUGAACCGUUGAGUGAUAAAGAAUCUUCAACAGAUGAGGAUUAUUAUAAGGUUAUAGACAUAUUCAAGAUAUAUUACGGCCACAAAUGCUGCAUCAUCAUAUUGAAACACCCAACGGAAUUGUUCGUCCAAGGAAAAGUUUCAAUAAGAGUUUUAGAUGGUUCAAUCGAUAUAUUUGGAUACACUCCUAAAGAUGAUACUUGUAAAUUAUAUGCUCCCUUCUACAGCUAUGCUCACAGUAUAAAAACUACUGAUCAACCAAAUGAUUAUUAUGGGUUAUUCGGGAAAUUAACUGAAGCAGGUCUCUCAGUUGCCGAGGCUGAAGAAAUAGUGAUUACUAUUGGGGAACACGAUGGAGUAGUCCUCUUAAAGCCACUUGUAAACCAGUGUUUAGAUUUUGUAGAAAAUAAUUUUAAAAUGACAAACUUGUUUGUGAGAUCUGUAAAAAACAUUGAACCUUUCUUUACGAAAGCAACGAAUAUAUUAAAUUGUUCUCUAUUCUCUAUACGGCCAGCUAGAUGCUUCAAAGUUAAUCCAAGUUGGAAAGAGACUGUUAAAUAUUCUCUAGAAAAACAUAGCCGUGGAAUCAUUUGUGGUGGCAAAGGUUCUGGAAAAUCUACAUAUUUGAGAUACCAAGUAAAUAAAUUAAUCUCUCAAGGACCACUUUUAGUUGUGGAUCUGGACCCUGGGCAGUCGGAGUUCACAGUUGCCGGAGGAAUAUCAGCUACGACUGUGUCCGAACCAUUAUUAGGACCAAGUUUCACACAUCUAAAGAAACCAGACAUAAUGUUUAACAUCGGCAUGAUAAACACAAUGGACAAUGCAAGGCGUUAUGUUGCAGCGUUACAGCAAUUGUUAUCACACUGCCGCAAUCACAAACCUUACUCCGAAAUGCCGUGGAUAGUGAACACAAUGGGAAUGACGAACUUUCUAGGGCUCAAAUUCAUAACACUGAUCAUUAUAUUAACACGACCAACUUAUCUACUGCAAUACGAAUCCAAGAAUUCUAAACGAAGAUUCGAAAGCUUCUUAAGACCUUCCAAUAUAAAACUUAUAUUCCAAGAUAAUGAAAGUGAUCCCUUGUUUAAUAACAUUACUUUCCCGGAGGAAUUGUAUUAUAAGUUUGUUGUAGCAGACGAGGCGGAUAGCUCAUUGAAAAAUGGUUACGCUUUAGCACCUAGAGAUGAAAGAUAUCUAAACUUCUUGGCAUAUUUUGGUCAAUUACUAACUAUCCAUAAAGUAAAGAGUUUACUUGCAAUAACACCUUACCAGGUGAACUUGAAAGAUAUCAACGUAGCUACCAAUGUGAUUGUAAUGAAAGAAUGUAUUACAAAAGUUAUCAAUGGACAAAUCGUGGCACUGUGUCAGAUGUUAAGACAAUGCGACAAUAGAGUUUUUACAUUAGAUGAUAAACCAUUCAUAUGUUAUGGAUAUGGUAUUGUCCGAGGAGUUGAUUGGGAUAAGGAGGUUUUGUAUAUAAUAACACCAUUGGAAGGCAAUUUCCUAGCAUGUGUGGACACUUUAGUGUAUUCAGACUGGAGUCCCGAGUUAGUGGGGCAAGAGACAUGUCUGCCGACUGGCACAAGUGUUCCCUACCGCACCUACACAAGAAACAAGCAUGUACAACUCAUGUCCACACCAAAGAGGAGAUUCAAUCCACUUCAACUUAUAAAGAUGACAAGGAAUGCCUAA